AUGCCAGUUCAGCACGUCCAUCAUACAAAAGUGGUCAAAGUACCCGAAUAUCAUCACUACUUCCACGAUCGCAAGCAGUCUCACCAGAAGCGCUAUCCGUACCAUAGUCAUAACGAUUUUGAAGCGUACAAUGACAAGGAUCCGGCUCUUUAUGACGAGUUAAACUAUUUUCCCAAUAUGGCUUACAACGAUUUUGAAACGUAUCCUGAAGGACAUACGAACGCUUUCCAUGAUAGGCAGCAUACGCCUUCUUUGCCUCCACAGCAGUUUUUGAAAUCGCUAAAGAAUGGCAGCCAUAAAAGUAAGCAUGUUGUGAUCAAAGUGCCAUACCAUGUGCAUACGGUGCAUCAUCACCACGUGGAAAAAGUGCACGUGCCUGUUAUCAAGAAGGAAGUUGUGCACGUGCCAGUGAUUAAAAAGGAAAUUGUUCAUGUGCCGGUCAUCAAGAAGGAAUACGUGCAUGUUCAUGAUGAACACCACCACGACAUCCACGAACAUCACUUGGACCAUCACGAUCUUCACGACUUCCACCAUGACCAUCAUGAGCUCCACGACCUACACGACCACCAUGGCUGGUGGUAG